CCAUUGCGGCGCGGCGUUGGUGUUGUGGCACGGAUGAAGCGGGCUCCGUGUACCUCUUGCACGACCCUUGGCGCAUCGGCUCGUUUCGGCGUAGGGCCGUCUCGCGUGCGGCACUCAAAACUUUUGGCAGCGUCAUUGCGCUGCUGCCCAUGGACAACCCCAAUACGCCGUCGACGCCGCAGCAUCUCGCACAGCAUGUCCCCGUCGAGAGGAGCGAGGGCCUCAGCUCCUAUCUCUCGCACCUCACUGCGAAUCCGUUCUUUACCGCCGGCUUUGGUCUCGCAGCGCUUGCAACCGCGGCGCGUAUAGGCCAGAAGGGUCUCCAACAUGGGGCCGCACUGCUGCGCCGCCGCAUGCUCGUCGACCUCGAGAUAACCCGGCACGACCACGCCUACCCGUGGUUGCUGCUGUGGAUGACCAACUUCCACAGAGCACAGCUCGCGGGCGCCCAGCAGCCGUCACGGCGCGGUGUCAUCUCGACUCUGAUCAGUCGCAUCAAUCCGCGCUUGCACCACCUGCAAGUAAAUACAGCCCAGGCCAAGACUGGCCCCUCGCACGGCGCACACUUUUUCUUCGUCCCAGGUCACGGCAAGCACGUCCUGCGCUAUGGAAGCUCAUUCAUCUUCGUCGACCGCCAGAGGGAAAAGGCGUUCAACACGACGACAGGCGAACCGUUCGAAACGAUUACCCUGACCACGCUUUACGCGCACCGAGACGUGUUCGAGCAGAUCUUCGCCGAGGCGCAUCGAUUACACCAGCAGAUGCAAGAAGGCAAAACGGUCAUAUACAAUGCGACGGCUGGAGAUUGGCAGCCGUUUGGAGACGCGAAGCGGAAGCGGCCUCUCGACUCUGUCAUCUUGGAGCGAGGCGUGAAGGAGCGGAUCGUGCAGGACGUGCAAGCGUUCCUUGAGGCACGAACCUGGUACCUCGACCGCGGCAUACCAUAUAGGAGAGGAUAUCUGCUGUAUGGGCCCCCGGGAACGGGCAAGAGUUCGUUCAUCCAGGCAUUGGCAGGUCACUUGGAUUUCAACAUUGCCAUCCUCAACGUCAGCCAGCGCGGCCUGCACGAUGACCGGCUGAGCCAUCUUCUGACCAAGGUCCCGCCGCGGACUAUAGUGCUACUGGAGGAUGUCGAUGUGGCAUUCGCCAACCGCAAGAAGCGUGAUGCGGAUGGAUAUGCAGGUGCGACGGUCACCUUUUCGGGUCUGCUAAAUGCGCUCGAUGGCGUCGCGAGCGCUGAAGAGCGCAUCAUUUUUCUCACGACGAACCACGUUGAGAGGCUCGACGAGGCUCUGAUUCGGCCCGGCCGGGUCGACAUGACUGUCCGGCUGGGUGAAGCAAGCGAGUACCAGAUCGCACAGCUGUGGGACCGAUUCUACGCCGAGUUUGAUGCGGACGGUCAAGGAAAGCAGAAGUUUAUGGCCAAAGCCAGAGAGCUUGGGCUCAUCGAUACCGUGAGCACUGCGGCCCUGCAGGGGCUGUUUCUGUAUAACAAGGACGACACCGAGGGCGCCAUCAGCAUGGUAGAGGGCCUCACAGCUGGUCGCAGUCACCCAGACGCCCAUGUGGAGCUGCCGGGACAUGUGGAGGUCAAACGUGGUGCGCAGCCACCCGUGUGAUGUGUCGCGCUGUAACAAUGUUGUACUACGACUGUAGUGUCCUUAGCAAACGAAAAGUUCAAGUAAUGGAAAUGCGCAAGGAGCGUUGUUCACUGCGAGACUAAAGACCCGAGCUCUCACGGUGUGGAAUUCUCCGGAUAGAACGACGUGCGC